AUGGUUGGAGCUCAGUCUGAUCCAUCAGAAUCCGACCCGGGAAUCAUCAACGAGUACCCGCAUACAAGGUUCAGCUUGUCCAUGGCCAUUAUCAUAGUCGUCACCAUAGGAGCACUCUUCUUCAUUGGUCUAGUCUCCAUCUACAUCCGGUACUGCUUCAAUCGGUCCAUGCACUCCCACAGUGCUGUCGCUGCAGAAUGCAUCGGCGCAUGGCUCGACUCUCAUGUUACCUGUCCAGUUUGUAGAACUAAUUUGGUUCCACAAGCCGGCCAUGUACCGGAGUUGACUGAUGUGGAAAGCACCAGCCAUUUGAGAAAUGAUGCAUUUGUUACCCAAGUAACCGGCUGCACUGAAAGUCAACCUCGAGUUUUGAAUAUCCAAACCGGCCCCCUUGUUCCUCGUCUAUACUACAGUACAAAAUUAAGAAGAAGAGAUGACGAUAUUCAAGAAUUGUGGAUGAUCAUACAUGCCAUAAUACAUUUGAGUCAAGAUAUACUGUCUCCACUUGUCGCUUCUACGAUGUUGUUAUCCUCUUGA